AUGUUGAUACUAGUUAUUGGACUAGCUUCAGCUACUUUGUUAGUGAUUGUUGCAGUUUAUGUGUUGUAUUGCAAGAUGAGAGUGUCAAGAUAUGAGAGUAAGGACAUUGAAAGCUCAGAACACAAGGAGGAGGAGGUGCCUCAGAAGGAGGAUUUGAUGAUCUUUCAAGGUGGGGAGGACCUUACAAUAUGUGACAUAUUGGAUGCUCCAGGGGAAGUGAUUGGAAAAUCCAACUAUGGGACACUUUACAAGGCCUUGUUGCAGAGGAGCAACAAGGUGAGGCUGCUCAGGUUUCUGAGGCCAGUGUGCACUGCAAGAGGUGAAGAUUUGGAUGAGAUAAUUCAGUUUCUUGGAAGGGUAAGGCAUCCUAACUUGGUUCCUCUUCUGGGGUUUUAUACUGGGCCAAGGGGUGAGAAGCUUCUUGUUCAUCCCUUCUAUAGACAUGGGAAUCUCACUCAAUUCAUAAGAGAUGGAAAUGGAGAGUGUUACAAAUGGUCCAACAUAUGUAGAAUAUCCAUUGGUAUAGUCAAAGGAUUGGAGCAUCUUCACACAUCACAGGAGAAGCCUGUUAUCCAUGGAAACCUCAAGUCUAAAAACAUCCUUUUGGACCGCUCCUACCAGCCGUACAUCUCGGAUUCCGGCCUACAUCUUCUGCUGAAUCCGACUGCUGGCCAAGAAAUGCUUGAAAGUUCAGCAGCCCAGGGUUACAAGGCACCUGAGCUCAUCAAAAUGAAGGAUGCUGGUGAGGAGAGUGAUAUAUAUAGCCUUGGUGUGAUCAUGCUGGAACUGCUUUCAGGAAAGGAACCUAUCAAUGAGCACCCUACUCCUGAUGAGGAUUUCUAUUUGCCAAAUUUCAUGAGAAAUGCAGUCCUUGGACACAGAAUUGCUGAUUUAUACCACCCUGCCAUUCUUCUCAGAAACAGCAGAAAUGAGAGUAUUCCAGUCACAGAAGAAUGCAUUUUCGAAGUUUUUCAACUUGCUAUGGCUUGUUGCUCCCCUUCACCCUCAGUUAGACCUAACAUAAAGCAAGUCCUCAAGAAACUUGAAGAAAUUAUGAUCUAG